GCGGGCUAUCUUUUAUUUGUUCGAGUCAUACCAACUUUAGGCUCUGACGACGAGGCAAUGUCAGACGAGGCCCCUCAGCAACCCGCCAACCCAUUCGCGGCAUUGGGUAGCUCUGGAGCCGCUUUUGGAGGCUCGGGCUCUGGGGCUUUCAGCUUCGGCGCACCCACGGCCGCCUUCGGUGCACCAGCGAAGCCCGUAGAGGGCGAGGACGGUGCAGAGGACGGCGAUGAGGGCGGCGGUGCUGCGGAAGAGGAGUGCCAGGCAGAGUUUAAGCCUGUAGUUCAGCUUGAAGAGGUUGAGACAAAGUCUGGCGAGGAGGACGAGGAUGCCCUUGUUGAGCUCAAAUGCAAAUUGUAUCGCUUCGACAACGACCAUCAGGAGUGGAAGGAGCGCGGCCUUGGGCUGAUUAAGCUCCUACAGCACAAGGAGAAUAAGAAGGUUCGCCUCCUGAUGCGACAGGAGAAGACCCUGAAGAUUCGUGCAAAUCAUAUAGUGAUGCCCGGAACCAAACUUCAAGAGCACAGUGGAAGUGACAAGGCCUGGGUUUGGAGCGCCGUCGACUUCGCGGACGAAACGCAGAAGAUUGAGCUAUUUGCCGUGCGGUUUGGAUCGGUCGAGAAGGCCCAGGAGUUCAAGAAGAAGUUUGAGGAGAGUAUGGAGAUCAACGGCCGCAUUCUCGGCGACGUCGCCGCGCUUCCGAAGGCCGAUGACGACACCGCCGCCGCCGAAAAGGAGGCUGAGGAAUUGGCAAAGGAUGUGUCGGAGAAGGUCACGACGCAGGGCGAAUGAGCUAUAGGCGACGCAGGCGACUGUGUAAUGACAUGGAUAGGGGGAUAUUAGUAUGUAGCAGGACUUAGAGUAGCAGGUGCUGUCGGGCGCAGGUGCGGUUUAUCUUCUUUUCGUGUUGGGCCACCAAGAGGCAGUAGGCUUCUGGGUGAGGUCGCAGGGAAUUGCAGGCAGUGAUGCAUGAAGGGGGGACCUAAGGAGGCGACGUGAGGGGCAGCGCACGAGAUAACUGGCGAGGACACCCAUGCAGAAAUCUUGCGGAAAUCUGAUCGAUACACGUCUCAGGGCACUAGGACACUGGAAGUAGCAUGCAAAACGGACUGUUCUUGCCACGGCCUAUGACAUCCACAUGCUCGUGGAGCGCACGGACGCUAGGCGGGGCUGCCACAGAGUCGUUGUAAGGAGCGGAACCCAGUGUUCAUCUGUGUUGGGCAAAAAAGUGUCUUGGGUCGAGUGUACCCUCUGAAAGGAUGCAUGAAGGUAUUGUCAAAACGCGGCGCUCCUAGGUGUCUUGCCUGUCGGGCGCUGCUUUCGCGCGUCGAUGGGACUUCAGGUCACCGGGAACUUGGUACUUAGGUUUUUUUAGUGUAUCUGACAUACCGACGAGCGAAUUAGGAGACCUUCAAAUCCUGCCUAGUGCACAUAAUUUUUCAUAUUGCAGGAAGGACUUGGUGGCCUCUGACGUUGGCAUAUGUAACUAAAACAUCACGUG